AUGUACUCCUCCUCGGGCUGGGCGGUCGCGCCGGCAGUCUCCACACCCGCCGCGCCGACUAUGUCGCACGGCGCCACACUCUUGUCGGUCAUGUUCCUGCUGUUCCUGACCUUCGCUCUCGUGAUCUUCUUCCUCAAGUACUACUUCUUCAAUACAACCUUCCGCCAAGAGCCGAGCGGUGGCGCGGUGGCGGGUCGACACAAGGGCGUCGACCCUGAGCUGCUGCGGUCGCUGCCAAUCACGGUGUACCACGCGGCGGCGCCGAAGGGCUCCACCGCGGAGGACGUCAGGGUAGAGUGCGCGGUGUGCUUGUCCGAGCUCGAGGACGGGGAGGAGGCGCGGUUCUUGCCCCGGUGCGGCCACGGGUUCCACGCCCAGUGCGUCGACACCUGGCUGGCAUCCCACUCCACCUGCCCGCUCUGCCGUGUCACCGUCGCCAAGCCCGACGCGUCGCUCACGGCGCCGACGAGUCUCCCUCCCGUAGCGCCCGAGCCGGCGAACUAUGCUGCGAACCUGCCGGCGAGUGUGCUGCUCGGCGUUUCAGACCAGGCCACGCUCACCGCGGCGAGUGUGCUGCUCGGGGUUUCAGACCAGGCCACGCUCGCCGCUGUGACCGUGACCUCUGACGGAGGCUGCACGACAGCCUCCGCCCUUGCCACUGAAGCAGUGCUGGUGAUCGACAUUCCGGAUUCGAGGACGCCGGCGACACCGCGCGACGAGACCAAGACGCCAAGCUCGCCGAGGCGCAGGUCGCUUAAGAGGCUCUGGAGCUUUGGGCAAGGGCCGUCGGGGCCGACUCCAUCCUGUUGCUGGGGAACAGGCAGCGGAUCACCAGGCGCUGAGCAAGUUAUUAACAUCGCCUGCUCAACCCCGAGAGCGCAGCUAGUGUAG